AUGUGCUACGCGGGGAUGCAAUGUGGACCUCGUUAUACUGUUAUAGUCACGAUUCAUUUAAACUUACGUGUAUUGUUCGUUAAAUUUACAAGGAGUGAUGUAGAUGAUUCAGACUACAUAGCCGACGAAGGUGAUGCAAGUUCAGAAUCUGCAGGAGACGAGGAGGAGGAGGAAAUCGUGGAGGCUGUGCCUGAACAACAUUUUGAUGCCUCUAGUGAUCAGACUCCAUCGUCGCCUCCGACUGACCUUCAGCAGCCAUCCAGAACAGCAUCUACGACACGGACUACCGAUUCUAGUUCGAUGAGAGAUAUUUCUUUCAUGAAGACAAAUGAACUGCUUGUGCCACCUCCAGACAGUCCUAGAGGGAAUACCUACUGCACUGGCACAUUGAACAAGAAACGCAAAGAUAAUCCAUCAGAAGUGAUUUCCAAAAAACUAAAAAAAGGUGAAACUAUUUAA